CUCUUCAUCUAUUCUCUCUCUUUCUCUUUAUUCCUUUCCUCUUACUCGAAACCUCUCUCCAAUCUCCUAGCCCUAACCCUAGAUUCCUCCUCGAUCUCCGCCUCCCAUGGCGCACAGGAUCCUCGAGGUCACCCUGAUCUCGGCGACGGACCUCAAGGACGUGAACCUCUUCUCGAAGAUGGAGGUCUACGCCGUCGUCUCCAUCUCCGGCGAUCCCCGGACGCGGCAGCGAACGCCGGCCGAUCGCUCCGGCGGCCGGAACCCUCGCUGGAACGCCACGCUCCGCUUCGCCGUCCCCGACCCCGUCGCCGGCGACCUCCGCUUCCUCCUCCGCACCGAGCGCGCCCUCGGCGACCGCGACGUCGGCGAGGUCCGCGUCCCCCUCAAGGAGCUCCUCGGCGGCGACGGCGGCGGCGACGCCCCACGAUCCCCCCGAGUCGUCUCGUACCACGUUCGCAAGAUCGGAUCGGGGAAGCCGAGGGGCCUCCUCAACCUCUCCUACAAGCUCGCCGAUCGAAUCGCCGCUCCGGCCGCCGCCGACGAGCCCGUCAUGGCGUACCCCGGGGCAUGCCGCCGCCGCCGCCGCCCAUGCCGCGCCGCCUCGGCCGCNUACUCGGAGCGGCCGUCGUACGGAUACGGCGCGCCGCUGUAUCCGCCGCCGGGGUCGUACGGAUACCCAUCGGCGGCGCCGUACGGAUACCCGCCGCCGGGGUAUGGGGCGGCUCCGCAGCGGCCGAGGCGGAACAAUUUGGGGAUGGGGCUCGGGGCGGGGCUCCUCGGCGGGGCCCUCGGGGGGCUCCUAAUCGGCGACAUGUUCUCCGAUGGCGCAGCGUAUGACGCCGGUUACGAUGCCGGGAUCGGCGAUGGCGGCGGCUUCGACGGCGGGUUCGGCGAUGGAUUCGACGGUGGAUUCGGCUUCUAGUCGUGUUAAGGUUAGUUCGUUGCCUCUCUCUAUAUAUCUUCUAUUUGUUCCUGACUACAUAUAUUUAUAUGCUUGUUAUCUUACUGAAGUUGUGUAUAUGUGCAGAUGAUGCUUAAGUUCUAACGAAUAAUAUCACUCAAAUUUUCUAUAUUUCUUGGCUGAUGAUAUUAGUAAGAUUACUUUUAUGAAAUUAGAUUAAUUAAUUUUGUAUAAGUACUUAAUUGUGGUCGCAUUCUAAGUUUUCUGCAGUAAUAGUAAAAUUUUGUACGUAAUUAUUGUAAAUUUUUAUUUUUGUUGCUCUUCAGCAUUAAAAUUUAUGCAGUGGAGGAAUCUAGAAGAUGGAGGAUCUUUUUUAUUAGUUAAGGGUCCCCGUUUGAUUCAAUGUAAACUGUGAGAAAUAGUUUUUCGUGUAAAUUUUCGGUGAAAUUUUUUUUUAACGUUUUA